UCCUCCGCUCGGUAAUUCCAGUCUCGCGUGGCAACCAACGUGGUCAGUAGAUGUGGGCAACGAUCUCAGUACAUGAUUAUAAACGGUGAGCCUUAAAGAAACGACGGACAGUGAUUACUAAUCUCUUGUAAAGUGUAUUACCAUGUGGAUUGUUACACGAAUCACUACUUUACUUACGGUUGUUUGCAUUUCUAUCAAUUCUGGAUAUACACAAGUUAAUGAUGGCUGUGGGUUAGAGAUGUUUCAAUGUAACAAUGGAGAAUGUAUAGCGGGUGAAUUAUUAUGCGACGGUAAAGCAGAUUGCAAAGAUCAGUCCGACGAAACUAUGACCGAGUGUACAAGACCAGAGAUUUUAUGCCCCGACUAUGCCUUUCGGUGUAAAUAUGGUGCAUGUGUAAACAGAGACACCGUUUGUAAUGGCAUCAAGAAUUGUAUCGACAAUAGUGACGAAAUGCUGCCUCAAUGUACGACAGGCAUAAAUAAUCAAACGGAAAGACCUGUGCAAUGCAAAACAGAUGAAUUUACGUGUGAAAAUGGAGAAUGCAUUCAAAAUAUUUACGUGUGUGAUGGAACAUCCCAAUGUACGGACGGUUCUGACGAGAUAUUUGCGAGAUGUGGAUCACUUGCUUGUCCACCAACAGCUUUCCGUUGCGCUUAUGGAGCUUGUAUUGACGGUGAUCAAUUUUGUAAUGGAAUAAUCGAGUGUGUUGAUGGAUCCGACGAGAAUUCAAACUUGUGUGGUGGAACAAAAUGGCCGUCAUCGUUCCCGCCAAUGACGACAUCAACGACAAGAUCAACAUUAGUACAAACUUCGCUUCCUCCUGUAACACCCACAACACUUGGCAUAACAAGAUUUUGUAAAACACCUUUGCAGCCACCAAAUGGUCAUUGGAAAUUACAUCGAUCGCAAUGCCAAGAUGAUCAGGAUUGUGAUAUUCCAGAAGGAAUGGAAUUGCAAUUAGGAUCUCAUCUCGUCUACUCUUGUAAUCUAGGCUAUAAAAUAAGAGGUUCUGCUGAUGUGAGUUGUAGUCUUGAAGGAAAAUGGCUCAACAUACCAGUUUGUAUAGAAAUACGCUGUAAAGCUUUAAGCACAGUAUCGACUGAAGCUAGAUGUACAUAUAACGACGAUUGGGUGUCGUGUGAGUCUCCGGUUUUGCCAAGAACAACAGCGAUGUUAACAUGUCGAAACAGUUAUCGACGUGAAAGUUUAUUUUCAACGCAAAGAGAUCGUGUGAGAUGUAACAUGAAUGGUCAAUGGGAACCAGAGCCUAUACGGUGCAUUCCAGUAUGCGGUACAUUGCCUCCUGAUGUUACACCACUUAUUGUAAACGGCGUACGACCUAACAUCACAGAAUUCCCAUGGCACGCUUCUAUGUAUCGUGAAUCUGCGAGUGGGAUCAAGAAAUAUUUUUGCGGUGCUUCUAUCAUCCAAGAAAAUCUUUUGAUAACAGCAGCACAUUGUGUAUACGACGAGAACACUAGGAAAAUUAUUGAAAAUCCCAGACAAAUACAUAUAUUAACGGGUAACAUUUUCCGCGAUUAUGACUCCCUCUUGCACGACAAACGGCUUGUUAAAAAGGCUCAGGUAAAGAAUAUUUACAUUAUAUGCAAUUACUUAGGACUUAUAGGAAAUUAUAUAUGGGACAUCGCGAUAUUGGAGCUUGUCAAACCAUUUGAAUUGUCCACCUGGCUAGUGCCCGCAUGCAUAGAUCCUUUCACAUAUGGUGAUCAAACUGUGUUGGAAGCGGGUGCUUACGGGAAAGUGGCAGGAUUUGGUAGAACUGCGAUGGGUGAUUCCAGCGCAAUAUUACAAGCUUUAACAGUGCCAUAUGUCCAAUACAGCCAAUGCAAGUCAGCAAGUCAAGACACCGAAAAACAAAAAUAUAUCACUAUCGACAAGUUUUGCGCAGGCUACACGAAUGGUUCUUCUGUUUGUGACGGUGAUAGUGGGGGAGGACUAGUUUUUAAAACCGGAGGUCUGUGGUAUCUGCGAGGUGUUGUUAGUGUCUCUCUUGGUUCAAUACAACAUGGUGGAUCUACUCAUUGUGAUAAUAACUUGUAUUCUUUAUAUACACGAAUAUCCAGCCAUAUUGGAUGGGUACAAGAUGUAAUUGAAAAAUUAGAUCAAAAAGGACAAUAUCCAUCAUGCCCUGAUAAGUCUUAAAUAUUAUAAGUGUUAUAUAUCAUACCCCUUGUCCACAACCUUGCUUUAAUUUUUAUGCACAUUAUUUUUUGACUGUAGUUGAUCAAUUUAUUACAGCUUAAAGAUUAAAGCAAGAUUGUGGACAAGGGGAUACUGUUUCUAUCUUACUAAUAAGACCACCUAUUAUUUCUGCAAUUCAUACAAUAUUGUUGCAUACAUAUUAAUAUGGCUAUCUCUGAAUUAAAAAUAAAAGAUAAAAAUAAAACAUCUUAAUCUUACAUAAAUAUGUUAA